CAGAUGAUGGUCGCGGUAGAGCACAGAUAUGGACGGUUCCUAUUGAGCGCGGGGAGCAACUGCUCUAUUUUUUUAUUUUUGCUUUGCUUAGUGACAUGACAACCGGGUACGUUUGACAGCAAGGAACCCGUAUCGGCAGCUGUACUUGUGUACAGGUCGGGUUGUCAAGAGGAAUUACUAAACUCAGAUGGGUCAAGCACUGUGGAGGCUGCCUCCCAGACAACAGCAGCAGCUUCAGGAAGAGCUUGCAGACCGACUGGCUGACCGAGGAGGAGGAGGAGUAAGACAAGAGCAAGGCAGAGAUGGAGGACACCAGAAAAGAUCUCCUCAGCCGUGUUAUGGCCCCGACAUCUAUCAUCUGCUGAGAACACGCAUGGGAGGUAAGGAACAACACGGUUUUAUAGAUUUGGAGAUGUUGCCACCCGAAUUAGGCAUCACCAUCCUGUCAUACCUGAACGCUACUGACCUUUGCCUGGCUGGCUGUGUGUGGCAGGACCUGGGAAGCGACGAAUAUCUAUGGCAGGGGCUGUGCAAGUCCACAUGGGGACACUGCUCCAUCUACAACAGAAGACUACCUGCUGGUUUCUCAUAUAGAAGACUGUACUUACAAUUAGAUGAAGGCUGCCUGACAUUCAAUUCUAACGCACAGGAGGGCAUCAGUUAUUUCAUGUCUAAAGGUAUCCUAGUGGAUCAUCCCACAGAGCUGGCUAAAUUCAUCUUCUACACCAGACGGCUCCACUGGAAGAUGCUGAGGAUUUACCUUGAUGAGAGGCGGGACGUCCUGGAUGAAUUGGUGACCCUCCAUAACUUCAGCAACCAGUUCCUCCCCAAUGCUCUGCGGGAUUUCUUCAGACACAUCCACGCACCAGAGGAGAGAGGAGAGUAUCUGGAGACCCUCAUCACCAAGUUCAGCCACAGGUUUUGUACCUGUAACCCUGGCCUUGUCCGAGAUCUGGGCCUCAGUCCUGAUGCAGUCUAUGUGCUGUGCUACAGUCUGAUCCUGCUGUCCAUCGACCUGACCAGCCCCCACGUCAAAAACAAAAUGUCCAAGAGGGAGUUUAUCAGGAACACUCGCCGAGCGGCACAUAACGUCUCGGAUGACUUUGUAGGCCACCUCUAUGACAACAUAUACCUGAUUGGCCACGUGGCCGCGUAGCUCCACCUACCAGAUGUCCAGUCGAGAGCCUCACACUGCACUGAAGAAUAGUAACCGGUGAUUGGGUUGCUAUACGUGAAAGUAUGGAACACUGUGGAAAUGGGUUUAAACAAUUUGCACGACGGCCAAUGAAUCUUAAAGGCUAGACAAAGGAAUGAAAUUCACUACUGCACUGUGAGAGAGACUGUGCUUCCAAAUAUUAGUAAAGAAGAUGUUAAUCAAAGGUGUGAAACAUCUGCAAUGUCUUUCCAGCCGCGUCACUGCAAAGGAGGUUUGAAAGUGGAACCAUGAAGACGAGCUCUGAUACUGCACUGACAGAUGAUGACUACUGAUUGGUGAAGGGAGGAGGAUAUGCCGGGACAGUCCUACUGCGUUCCUAUUGGACAACCGCUUCACGUUCCCUAGUGACACAGGGGACACUAAUACCACUCACUGAUAUCUCUAGUAGCAUUUAACAGUGGAACUAACAAUUGCGCAAGUCUGCAUAUCAGAUGACCUUGAUGCAUUAUCCAAUGGUAACAACCCGAAUGUCCAAUUGUCAAAAUUCAACUAGAUCUGUUUUUUUUUUUAUGGCUAAUACUAAAUGUUUUUGGGGUUUUUUCAUUUCCAUCUUAUGAGUGAAAUGAACAAGACAACAACACUUUCAUGCAAGAACACUGUUUUAUUCCUAUAACUAAAUCUCUUACUUUUUUCUUUUGAGGGUUGCGUGUAGGUGUGGCCAAACUGCACAAAGACUUAAAUUUCUCUCCACAGCAGGGUUCAAGCUUUAUCCAAAGUGAGUCCAUCUCCACCUCAGUUCUCUGUACCUGCACCUAGAGGGCAGGAGGGUGAGCUGGUGAUUGAGUGGGUGUGUGAUGUCCCGUUCUAUUGAGGUUACAAUGCCAGGUCAGGUGUUGGUAGAGUUAAUUUAUGUUCUAUUUAAUUUCGGUCUCAUUUUAAAACUCUAUAUUCAUUCAUAUUAAGACAUUUAUGAUUGUUAAGUCAGACAAGCGUUUAUUUUUUUUUCCGCUGUGGAGAAAGUCACACUCUCUGUACAUGCUCAGACAACGGGUCCACUUCUGAUUUUUGAAGAGAAAUUCUAAAGUAUGGCAAAUGUGAAAUUAUUGAACAUACUUUUAAGUCCUUAAAACUGCAUUUUUUUAAAUGGAGGGUUUGAUAAUAAAUCUGAUCGUCCCACAUGCAGGUUAUAGCAAAAUGACAAAUAUUUUCUAGCUAAUAUUUAGUGCAAGCUUUUGUCCAGAUGAUUGACAUUGAAUGUAUUGAAGCAGUUUCUGACACAUUACAUUAGGGAAAUUUGUAAUCAUAGUGCUUUGCCUUCCGAGGUGACAUGCUUCUUGUGCAGCAGAUAGAGCACAGCGGCUGCUAUGUUACGCUGCUUUCAUGAGGAUGGUAGAUACUGUAGUAUUUGGGAUGUUAGGGGUUCGUGACGGACCUGCUCCUAAUUCUUGGACCACCAUCAAGGAGAUGGCUAAAGUCAAGUGUAGAGAAAGACAAAGUUAAGUGAAGUUAAUCAUUCUGACUUUUGAAUUGUAACAGAAGGACAGCACUGGCUGAAGUCUCUGCAGUAAAUUGUAUGAUGUUCAUGAAGUUCUUGUGUUUUUGGAAUAAUCCUGCUAUAAUUUUUAAAAAACAACAGCGAUACAUCUAUUGCUGCCAUGAUGUAAUAGCCCAAUCCAUCAUUUAAAUUAGACAUGUUGUUUUAUAAUGACUGUUAAACACCACAAUCACUGCAGCUGUCAAAAAAAGUGUGAUUCUUCCAGAAAUGAAAAAUGAGAAAAUACUCUUAUUUAACACUAUAAUUAGCGGUGUGGUAAAGUAAUUGGUACAUAUAUAUGUGUAAUUUGAAAUGAUGGAUUACAUUUGUCAGGGCAGGAAUAUGUGUGCGUUGUUUCCAUGGUUUUUUUUUUUUAUUGUGGAAGCUGGAGGAUCUGUAGGACAGAAGAUCACUGACACUUCAGUGGUAUUAGUGUGUGAAAGCCAAUCUGGAGAGACAGAAGUUGUACGAAACACUUUGAUCAGGACGUAUUGAUGAUACAAUGCUGAACUUUUCAUAAAAAUAUGAUCAGUUCAACAAUGGUGCCCAUCAGACCUGAAUGCGGCAUUAUAGUCACUGUGCUAGAGGCUUAAGGUCCAAGCAGCUAGCAUGUAGCCGCCAUAGUGAGGUGCCACUGAAUGUAACCAUAGAAACCGAUUUUUAAAAUCAAGGUUCUAUAUCCCGACCUAGAAAGCUAGUUGCAAUACCAACCAACAUUUAUUUAUUUUUUGAAUUUGUUUGUUUGUCUGCAUAAUAAGAGCCUCUUCAUUAGAUUGUAAAUCAGACGGUGGCUGAUUUCACAACAUUAAUUGUGUUAACGAUUCAUUAUGCUGAUGACACUCUAAUUUAGAGCUAUAAACUCAUUGUUUUCUUUAAUUUAUGAAGGAAAUCCACUUCCUGUUGUGUGUGUUUUUCUUUUCUUUGUGGUUACCAGAAGACUUCAUGACUGACAAAAUGUACUGAGAAAUUGUUCUAAUUAUCUGACAUAUUAAAUCUCGGUUUGACUUUACUGACACGUUUCAGCCACCGGCAGUUCUGCAGCUCGAGGUGUGAAAAGGUAGAAAUGGAGAGUCGUUUCUUACACUGUAAUCAUGCUCCACUCAUUUUAUCACUGAAUGAUGAACAUAUAGUUCAGCGAUAGAUCUGGCUCUACGUCCUCACUAGAUGAUGGUGAUAGCUCACAGUAAAGCUUGAAAAAGCAAAUAGAUGGAGAAGAAAGUGAUAACAGACAUUCAAGAUUCUCUGCUUUCUAUUUCCAUCUACGAUACCAAGUCAAACUUUUUGGAUUGUGGGCCAUAAUCAGGAAAAUAAAAAAGUCACUUGCCGAACAAUAGUGAAUAUGUACUUUUCAACCAGUUACACUGCAAGAAGAUCAGUGUCCAAGACUAGAAAACC